CACUUCAGAAUGGGAUGCGGGUCCCUGGUGCUUCCACGUCUGCAGUUCCACAGAGUCAGGUGACUGGAGCCUGUAACGUCCCGGCCCCGCCCAUCUCCCCUCUCUCCCCGCCCCUCCCCUCUGCCAAAAUGGCCGCUGUGAGACCGGAGUGAUGACGUUGCUUCGCUAGGCCUGGGCGGAGCCGGGACGCUACGUUUCACUUUCUGCCAGCCUUUUGGUGCGUCUCAGUGCCAGUGAGAGGCUGCUGGUGUGGGCAGGCAGGCAAGGGGCAGCAGUGUGUAGCUGGCAGCGCUAGAGCCAUGGCCGCUGGUUGGCAGGAGGCUGCGGCCCAGCAGGCCGAGGAGGUGUCUGCCCGUGUAAGGCAGCUGGUCAGCACCGGGCUCGGCCUUCUCCGCACGGAGCUGGGUGUGGACCUUGGCCUGCAGCCCCAGCGCUACCCGGCCUGGGUGUUCCUGGCGGUACCGCUGUCCCUGGGCCUCUUGCUCCUGUUCCUAUGUGCCGGGGCACUUGGGCGCAGCUCCGCCGGUAAGAAGCGGCUCAGGGAGCAGAGAGAAGCGCCGGUGCAGCUGGAGAAGCCCAUCCCCGUCCCCAAGAGCGUCAAAGCCGAGGAUCCGAAGAAAAAGAACAAGAAAAAAACAACGGAGAAACCAAAGCAGCCUAAUGGAAGACCCGUUGAGCUGGUGGAGGAGGAGAUAACACCCAUAGUCAAAAAGGAGAGCCUGAAACCGCCUUUGGAAACUGAAAAGAAGAACGAAAAGGCAAAAAAGAAUAAGAAGAAACCUAAGACUGAUGCAAAGCAAACACAACAGUCCUCAAAUCAAGAUAAAAAAGAAGCCGAAGAAGGGAAUUGGGAAACGAAAAUCAGCAACCGGGAAAAGCGCCAGCAGCGUAAGCGCGAUAAGGACUCUGAAAUAAAUAUUGUUGAAACUAUAACUUCUGUUGUGAGUGAGCCGUUUCCAUCUGCGCCAUCUCAUUCUGCAGGCGCCAGGAAAUCCAAAGGUACAAAUGACAAUAAUGUGGUUAAUGGAAGUGGUUGGAGUGAGAAGCCGUCAAAGACUCUCUCCUCCCAGCUUGGAGAAGAAAAGUGGGCCCCUUCAGCUAGCAAGAAGAAAGCAGAGCCUUGCACUUGGAAUCAAAAUGCCAGUGACACUAAUGGGAAAGACUGGGGUGUAUCUUGGGGCGAGCGUCCGAUCUUUCCUAGCAUAUCUGCAUGGUCUAAUGUGGAUGGAAGAAUGACUGUUCCUGAACAGAGACAAACUUCAUUUGCUGCCAUGGGACUAAAUAAUUCUGUGCCCGCUUCUGUAAGCGAACCCAUUUCUCAGCCGGCUACCUCUGAAAGCCAGUGGGAUUCUACCCCCAAUGAACCGUGUAUUGAUGAUGAAUGGUCUGGCCUAAAUGGCCUGAACUCAUCUGACCCCACUUCUGACUGGAAUGCGCCAGCAGAGGAAUGGGGGAACUGGGGUACAGAAGAGCCAGUGAACGCUACACAACCUGAAGAGUCUGAACAGCUUACAAAGGUAUCCGAAGAAGAAAAGGAAAAGGAAGAAUCUUCUGCUCAAGGUGCAGCAAGCAGCAAAACCAAGAAGAAGAAGAAAAAAAAGAAGAAGCAAGGAGAGGAAUCAGGCUCUGCACAGGAUGCUGAGAAUCCUGAGAGGGAAACUACAGGUGAAUUCCAUGAAGAUAAAGCUCCAGCUCCCCCCCAGCCAGAGAGAAUUAGCCCUGCUGUGGUUUUAAAGGCUAGUGAACCUAAGAAACAACCUGAAGAGGAGACUCGUCAUCAUAAUGUAUUUACUGAGCCUUCAGUACCAGUCAAACACAGCGUUUCUGAAAAGAGUCCUUCCCAAGUGCAACAGCCACAGGAGAAAAGCUCUUCCAAUAGCAAGCAGAAUAGUGUGCCUCCAUCCUCACAAGCUAAAUCCGAAGAGAGCUGGGAAUCUCCAAAACAAGUGAAAAAGAAGAAGAAAGCCAGAAGGGAAACGUGAUCGUCCCCCCGGCCAAUGGAGCACAUGUUCAGACACUAUCUCGGAGAUUAUGCUGUUUAUGCAAUAAUUUGUGAACAUGUACAGAAUUUUUAUAUGUUUGGUCUCUAUUUUUAAAACAACUGCUGUCAAUGUGAUCUAAGACAGGAGGAUAAAAAAAAAAAUUAACUCUGACCUAUGAGGUUAACAUGCAAGAGUACUGGAAAAUCAUUGGAAGAUGCGUUUGUUUUUUUUUUGUUUUUUGGCCAACUUGGAACGUUCGCAAUUUGAUAGGAGAAAGGUGUGUUUAAUUCCUGAUUUUAUAAAGCAGUGACCUGUUGACAUUCAUAUUGUGCCCUAUGUUGUCUCUCAAUUGGUGGAAGAUUGAUUGACCAUUUCUGUACCUUUUUAAACGUCACGCUUGUGCGUGUGCUAGCUGUGUGUACGCCACAUCACCGACACCAGUGUGCAGAAAUUACACGGAUGAGCGAACAUCGGCGCUUGCAGCGCUGAAGAGGAUUAAUGUGCGCGUGGAUCCUUAUACUGUAUAGGUUUUUUUCUUUCUGCCCUCAAAGUAUUUUGUCUCAGUAUAAAUCUAACUUAAUUUUUUUUAGGCAAGUACGGAAUGUUUAAUAAGUCUCUUCCUGUUCUAAUGUACUUUUAUCCAUUUGACUUUUCGGCAACUCCCAGUAUUCCUCAGGCAGCUGGAGUGGUGGGAGUUGUAGUUCUAUAUCUGGUGAGCCCCCUGGUUGCCCAUCCCUGCUUUUCCGCAUACAUUUUACCUAUGGUAUGACUGAGCAAAUUCUGUUUUGUAAUGGAUAUGAUGGUGGCCUUUAUAAGGAAUCAUUCUUACUUUUCUAUUCCAUCCCAUUAGAAAGACACACACCCUUUUCAGUGUUAAUGUGAACUUUACUUAAAGGGUAUGGUGGCUUUGGACAGCUUUAACUGACGUUGUCAAGACCUCCAAUAAUCAGGAAUGUUUUUUACUGCCUUAAUCUGUAGUAUGUACAACCUAUCCGUAGAUUCCAUAAAUAAUACUCUCAUAAUGUGCCACGGCUGCUGUGAUUUGGGGGCAAAGCUUCCCAGCUCCAGACCGUAGAGGGCGCCAUUUCAUCACUACCUACAGGCACUGUCGCUCUGUUUCUUUGACCCCGCAGAUCCGUUUGUAAUCUCAGAAUCGUGCAUGAUAAGUCAUACUUUGUAAAUAGCCUUACCAAAAUGUGCUUUUGGACAAGGACCAUCACUAGAAAACGUGUAUGAAACAAAGCCAUGAAUGAUGUAUUUCGUCCUGCUUUAUCCAAUGGCACCUCACUGACCAAUCAAUUCAGUUUUGGGUCAGUCCUUGGUGCCAUUAACCUCUUCUCUGCCAGAGUAGACAGCAAUACAUUGCGUUGCUGCUCUUUUCUCUACCAAGGUGUUUAAGGGGCAUUGCAGUAGCUUCAUAGUGAGUAUGUUGAGCGCUGUUUAUGGAACUUUUUUCCUGAUAAACUUACUAAUUUUUACACCAGUGUAUUAAAACAAUCUGUUUCAGGAACAUGAAAAGUAUGUUUACAUGUUCAGAAGUUUUGUUUAAUUCUGUGAAAUUUCUAAGUUGAUUUGUUUAAAUAAAAUCUUGCAAAUUCCGUA